GGAUCGGCCAAAGCAGCGAAUGGGAAGGUCCAUCUGGAAGAAACCCUAAAGCUGUAUUUAACCCUAAAGGUUCCUUAUCUGCCUCUUCCCUGGUUCUCUUCUUUUUCCCUCACGUCAGUGGCCAUAUUCAAUCUCGCCGCUGCGCCGUCGCUAUCGUGCCUCCGCCUUCCUAGUUCUGUCUAUUCAGAGACCCGCUCUUCUUCUCUCCGCCAGUCUGCCUCACCUAUCUGACAUUAGUGUCUUCAGUUGUGUUGUACAUAGAACUUUGGCGCUGCUUACUUGUUUUACUCUUCCUGGAGAAUGAUGGACUGUGAGAUAGCUGAGGAUGGAGAGGUCUACAUCGAGGAUGCUGACAUAAUCGCUGAGACUACCCUUGAUGAUGAAGAUCUUCCUGAUUGCAGUGAUGAAGACGACGAGUAUGAUGAACAAGCUGACUUUGAUGAGGACCUGGGUGAUUCAAUAUACAAAUUUACUGGCCAUACAUCUGGAGUAUUUGCUCUUGCAUGCAGCCCGACAAAUCCUUUGUUGGUAGCAACUGGAGGUGGUGAUGACCGAGGAUUUCUUUGGAAGAUAGGACAGGGAGAUUGGGGUGCUGAAUUGGGAGGUCAUAAGGAUACUGUCACUAGCAUAGCAUUUAGCAGUGACGGACAGUUUGUUGCUUCUGGGGGAUUUGAUUCUGUUGUUAAUGUCUGGGAUGCAUCUGGAAAUUUCAAAUGUAAGCUUGAAGUACCUGUCCCGGAUGAGAAAAUGAAGAAAAAAGCACCUCCUACUGGGGGCUUUGAGUGGGUCAGUUGGCAUCCUACAGAUCAUGUAGUCUUGGCUGGUUCAAAUGAUUUCUCUUUUUUUGGUAAAACAAAUGAUUUCUCUGCUGGGAUGUGGGGACUCAACACAGGUGCUUUCACUGAAUUGUCUGGCCACAGGGGAAGUAUUACCUGUGGAGAUUUCACACCUGAUGGCAAAACCAUAUGCACUGGUUCCAGUGAUUUGACUUUGAGAAUAUGGAGUUCAGAAACUGGGGAUCCUAUAUAUGUUGUAGGAGGCCAUCCCUAUCACAAUAAGGGACUAACUUGCUUAGCCAUCACCUCUGAUUCACGUUGUGCUCUGACUGGUUCUGAGGAUGGUUCUGUGAAAAUUGUGAACAUUAAGACUGGAAAGGUGGUCGGUACGUUAUCACCUGGUCACUCAAAAAAAGUUAAAUGCAUCGGUUUGUCACGUUCACCAAGCUUCUUCCCUUGUGCGGCGACUGGGGGUGAAGACGAGAAACUUGUUAUCUGGGAUCUCGAACGUUCAUCUCCUCGCAGCAUAUGCAACCUUGAGAGUGAAGUGACGUGCUUGACAUGGAUAGGCACGUCGAAGUAUGUGGCUGCUGGAUGUGCAGAUGGGGAUAUAGUGAUAUGGGACGGUCUGUCUGGAGACAAUGUGAAGACAUUUAGGGGGCAUAGCGAAUGCAUAGAGUCUUUGUCCGUGAGCUGUAAUCAAGAUUUUCUGGUUUCAGGAUCGGCGUCGGCCUCAGGAGAUGCUACUGAUAGUCAUGGUACUGCCAGAGUCUUUGAGAUUGCAGGAUUCAGAUAACAAGACGCGUCUCCAUUUUCCCCAAUAUUUAAGGACAGGAUUGAUGGUGUAGUUUUUUCCCACUCUAGAUUUGCUGCAUUCUGAGGGAUUCACUGAAGGUUAUUUGGGAAUUUGUCCAGUUUUCUGUUAUUUUUCUAAUAAUUUUAUGUUUUACAUCUUUGGAGCCUGGAGGUCCGCCAUACUUGACUAGUAGGAGGUGUCAAGCUCGGGGGGUCUUGAUGAGUAGAGUGUCCAUGCUUGUGAUGGCUUCAUUGACUAGCCAUCAUGCUUGACACAUAGGAAGAUUAUUAUUCAAUUUAAAUCAAUUUAUUUAACUAACCAUUCCCAUUGGU